AUGACGCACAGGUACGCGGACGCGGACGCGACGUCGCCGAGCGACGGACGCGUCGCCGCGACGACGGCGUCGCCGAGCGACGGGAUGAAUCGUCACUCCGGGGACGAACCGUCGCGACGCCGCGCGCGGGCGAAGACCCGUCCGGGGUCCGCGGCGACGCGCGUCGCGCUCGGGGAGCUCGCGAACGGGACCGAGGUCGAGGUGAGCGGCGCCCUGGGUGGGACCGCGGCGUGGGGGGUGAACGGAUGGGACGCGCUGCGGUCGCCGGGCGACGCGGAGGACGCGCGGGCGUCGAGCGACGAUCUCGAGGUCGGUGCGUCGACGAAUGCGCGCGUGCGGGAGCUUGGACGGGUGGUGGAGGCGCUGCGCGCGCGGGUGGAGGCGAUGGAGACGCGGCGGACGCGCGCGGGGGACGCGGCGGACGCGGCGGCGGCGGCGCUCACGCGCGGGUUCGCGCGCGCCAAGUACGCGUUUACGCUGCUCGCGCGAGGGUCGUUGUUCACAUCGUCGGUAGCGCGAUGUGCCUCGACGCGCGAGGCGAACGUCGACGUCGGUGUGAUCACGGAUGACGCGACGGACGACGCGGGCUUUCUCGCGGACGACGUCGGGGCGGCGUCGAACGGCGACGACGACGUCACUGACGCCGUCACUGACGCCGACGUAGGCGCGAGCGCGCUCUAG